CCUCGUUCUGUAUUCCGCCUUCCAUGUGAAUCUGCUGGUACUCAAAAAUAUUAGCAAGAGCAAGUUUUAAAUUGUUGAAAUUUUAGAAAUUCUACCACAGCAGGUGUAUUUAUUUAUUAGUGUAAGAUAUCAUCUCCUCAUUAAUGUAAGAUAUAAGGUGUCUUCACUUUCUCCAUGCAAAAUCACCAAAGAUUUUAAGUAAUUGCAGACUUAAUAGGAGUGAAUUAUUAAUUGAUUUUUGGCCAUAACUGCAUUGUUAACUACGAUUAAGUCAACAAUGUCCCUGUUCCCAGCGUAUGGCCCCUCCGGGUCUGAUCGUCGAGGUGGAGGAAGAAAUAGUUCUUCGAAAAAUACGCGUGGCGAGAAUGAUGGUGAUAUCGUGUUCGUAUUGGAUGGAAAUGAAGGGGCGAAGCAAGCUCAAGGAAGGGGUGGGAUAUUUUCAGACCCAAUCGUCAUUGGUGGGGAUGAUGGCGAAGAAGGCGAAAUAAGAUCACCUGCCCAAACCCCACCUCCUCCUGAAGAAGAUGACGACAGUCGUAGUGAAAGUAAACACAAAAAGAAACACUCGUCUAAGAAAAAAAGGAAACGAAGUAAAAGUCCAAGUCAUUCACCCAAGCAUAAAAAAAGGAAACAUAGGAAAAGUCCAAGCCCUUCCCCUCCUCCCGUCCGUCGGGAAAGAAAUCAACAGCAGCAAUUUGCGGUGACUGGCGUUAACUAUCAAAACAACAAUCAAAGAAGUCGGGGUUAUGACCAACGACCUGGAAGCAGCAGUAGCAGCAGAAGUGGGGGCUACGAUAUGGGACGAAAUUUUAACGAUUCUCGUAAGAAUGCCUCAGAUUCAGACAGAAGAUAUGGAAAUCAUGAUUACAAUACUAGUUAUGGGCGACAGUAUCCCUAUGUGGAAUCCGUUCCUUCCCGAACCAAUGCACAAGAAUAUGAAUCACGACAGACUAAUUAUGACGGUCGCAAACAGAAUCAACCAGCCAUAUCAGGAGAACGGAGGUCAUAUUAUGAAGAACAAAGGGUCAACGUGGCUCAGAGAUUUCCCAACAAAGUGUUUUUAGAAGAAGUGAAUCUACGACCAGAAUUUGCGUUUCGCGUGGACAAGGGGGCGAAUACCCGGAAUUUAACUUCGUAUACACUUGGAAGUAUGCAAAAGUCAGCGUUUCAUUAUAACAACAGCAUCAAAGUGAUGGGUGCAUCGGAUCAAGAACUUACUCAGAUUUACUCGAAAUUUUCUAAAUUCAGAUGUGUUCUUCCUGAUGGCCUUGAUGAAAGUGCACAAGCGAUGACUAAUAAAAAGUCAUCUUCAAUUGACAAUGUGCAGUCUUCUUCUUCUUCAAGACCAAAGCCAGCCGUUGAAACACAGACUUUCAUUUCGACAAGCAAGCCCAAGUCAAAGCAACGGCAUUCUGAUGAUGGUGGUAUCGAUAUUCAGUAUGCUUUUGAUUCUGGGAAUCGAAAAGAGGGAGAACCAAGUAUGAAGGAAUCCAUUGAGUCAUAUAACAAGCGAGUAAGAGAUGAACCUAAAAACAUUGCCUUGUGGAAGGAAUUUAUCACAUUUCAAGAUAAAUAUUUCCAAGAAAAUGAGAAAGUAUAUGGUGACGAUGUCAGCAAUAAGAAGAAAAGGCGUAAUAAGAAAGCACUUCUCGAGAAAAAAGUUGCCAUUUGUGAGAAAGCCUUAGAAUCAAAUCCACGAAACGUUGAACUCAAUCUUUUAAAGCUCAACUUUUUAAGUGCCUUCAAACCCCCAGAAGAUGUUUUGAGUCAAUGGAAAGCAUUGGCAACGAAAAACUCUAAAGUGACUCCUUACUGGAUAGAGUAUUUACGCUUCCUGUCUACUCAACUCCAGGUCUACUCUACUCAACUUGUUGUUGAAUCGAUUCAGAAAAGUGUUAAAAAAUUUAGACAAAUGCUAUCCGCGAGCUUCCCCGAGUUUCAAAGACCCGACAAAUUUUUUUUAGUUGUAAACGAUAUACUCACGUGCCUCAGUUUAAUUCUUCGAAACUCUGGACAUCGAGAAAGAGCAAUAGCUUUACACCAAGCACAACUUGAGUUUGACUUUUACCCUUGUUUUGACGAAUUGAACCAAGACUUUCACGUGGACUGGAGUGCAAGCAAAAAGAUAUUUGAUUUAUUUUGGGACAUGGGAACACCGGUAUUUGGAGAGAACAGUGCAAUGGGUUGGUGCAAUUACAUUCAAGACGUUGAAAAACAAGCGGAACAACAAAUAGUCGGAGUCUCUGACGAGCAAGUUUCCAAGACAGAAGACGUCUUUUUCCAAACUGUGAAUACCCUCCGGAACCCCUCAGAACCCUUUGAUAAAUCUAAACAAUGGCUUCUUAUGGAAUUAUGGCGAAGUAAAUUGCAAUGGCUUCACUGGAGAUCAAAGUGCUCUGAUGCGACUGAUACUGAUGACGAUAUCCGCAUUGUUCUUGGACAAGAUGUAUCGCCAUUUGUGGUAACUAUUCCCAAAGACGUACCCGAGUUGGAAAGACAAGCUGCAUAUUUCCGACACGUUGUCAAUUUUCUUACUACUAUUCAAGAAGACUUUCUCCCACAAACGCACACUGUAUCAAGCCUCGUCAACCCAGUUACUUCAGUGUCAUUGACAGAAUCAAGAAGUUUUGUUUCUGAAUUGUUUUACUGGAGAAAAAUAUUGAAUCUGUAUGUCCCUGAGCGUGAAUCCAUCGAACCUUCUGAUCUUAAAUCUCUCGUUAAGAUUCCAGAAGCCUUCAGAAUCAAAGACUGGACUUCACAAAAUGGAUCUGCUCAUAAGUGCGAAGUUGGGAUGAAACCAGAUCCAUUUGAAUUGCCAUGUCCAAAGAGAAUAGAAUCUACCAAAAAUGCUAUGCUAGCAGAAAAUGAACAGCACCUCUUGAUAAUGAUACGUUCAAUAAUUGACAAAGGGACAGAUUUUUUAAACCCUGCAUUUGCUACUUUACUCUUUGAGAUCUAUCUCAAAUACGAACAAAAGAACACGGUUGGUGCUGGGGAGAGUCAUAAAGUUCGAAUUGAGGAGGUUAAACGACUAUUUCAAAAAGAUUGUUUAAGGAAUUCGAUGGGUGGCUACUUUGAAAUAUCAAUGCUCGAGUAUUUUAAUGGAAAUAAGGAGGAUGCAAUUACAAUACUUGUGAAAACCAUUAAUUUGGGCUACAAGUUACUACCUGUAGACAAAUCAUGCCCGGGAUCUGUCGACAUUGAAAACAAUUGGGCUCUAGUAACGGAACUCACAAGAUUGUACACCCGGUUGGCAGAGUUUCAUUUUAAGGACGAACCACAAGUUGCCUAUAAUAUACUAGCCUUGCUAGGAGCUGGAUUUAAAAAGGUGAAUUUGAAAGACUGCCAAGAACCACCAAGUUCAAAAGUUGUCAUGUUGAAAGCUUUAAGGAAUUUCGAAAAAGUGCUAGCUCAAAUAAUACCCGGGAUUGACAUAAAUGAAGACAAUGAUGCUGUGGUCAUUCCCUUAUCCAAAGAAUUUCUAGGAAGAUGGGAUGGUGAUAAAUGUGUCGAGUAUUUUGCUCAGAAACCAAAUAUUAUUGUCGAAUGGAGUCGAGCAUUCGCAAUGUUCCAAUUUCUUGCUAAAAAGGAGAAUGACUUUGCAGCCGCGUGCAGUAUUUACGAAAAAGUGUUGAAACGGAUUGAAAUUGCAGAGCCCCUUAGUGAGAACGGGAAUUAUGAUUCUGAUAACGUUAUACGCCAUCAUAUUACAGAACAGUUGUAUAUCCAUUGGUGUAAUUUGGGUGGUCAUGUGCUGAUCAAAGACCCAAUGGCCAACUCAAAAUUUCGAAGCAUUCUUGGAAAAGCUUUACAACAAUUUCCCUCCAGUCCACCGCUGCUACUUUUAUUCACAGAUGUCGAGAAUCAAAUGAGCAUUGCUGGUAAACUUUGGCGAAUGAUGGUCGGUAUAGUCAAGCAAGAUGGAGGUUGCAAUCAUUGGGCUCCUCUUUUUAUGGGAAUGGGUCUCGCAAAGCGAAUUGAAGACCUGAAGCAUGACGAAGAAAUUGGAUUAAGCUCGUUUGGAUUAGGUGGGCCAGCCGUACCUCCAGAUACUAUAUUUUACAAACUAGACUCUUUACUAUGUGCUGCACAAGAAAAUCGGAUGACACGGAAUUGUCCCCUUGUUUGGAGAGUCCAUCUAAAACUUCUAGCAUUGCGCUCCAUAAAUGGAAAAGAUACUGAGAGAGCAAAAUCUACUUUCUAUGAAGCUGUGAGACACUGCCCAUCUGCAAAACCAAUCUACCUGGAUGGGGUUUCUUACUUUCCUGAGCUACUCAAGGAAAUCACAGAUCUCAUGACGGAAAAGAAUGUGCAUAUUCGCAUGCCUAUAGCGGAACUAAAUGUCUUGUUAGAGUUGGAGAAAGAAGCUGCACACAAGAAAGUAUAAAUCAGAAGAAGAAUUUAAAAUAUGGAAUAUUUAUAAAUUUUAUCGACACUUUUGAGUAUUACAUAACUGACUUAUUUAAUAUUCAUAGCAGAAAACAUACAUAUCUAAAUAUAUUUAAUUUCGCAACGAUUUGAAAUAAACUUACAGAUGCAGUGGUUAUAUCUUUA